AUGGUUUGUACUAAAGACGGUGCCCUUACAGCCGGAUCCCCUCAGAAGUCUUGCGGUCCGCGUGCUGUGAGCAUUACAGAGCGUUCUGCAAGUCUGAGAGGUGUAGCAGGAAAGCAGGCUUCCACGGAGGCUCACGCACGACGUUUUUCGGGAAGAAGGGGUGCUCCAACACCUGCAAGGGGGCAAGGCUCCGAGGAUGGGGCCAGUGCCUCAUGGAGUCGGUGGCUGACGACGACUUCCCGCCUGCCCUCCCUUGAUAGUGCAUGCAAGCGUCUUCAGCCCCUGCUGGCGUAUUCGCGUGCUGGCUCUGCUGCGACAUGGCUUCAUUAUUCUGCCUGCCUGCCUGCAAAGUCUGCGAGGACGUUUGGACAGGCAGCAGCACAAGCUGCAACAGAGGGUGCUGCGACUCCCGCCAGCACCUCGACCACCACGCCAUCCAUCUCAGGGGCCUCCCUUGGCUCCCUUAACGUCGUUAGAAAUGCAGGGGAAGGCGAUAUCCUGCGUGGGCUGAAGGUGGGAGCCCUCACGUGGACAGGGGAAGGCCGCAUUCGGUUGCUGUUGCAGCGAUGGAGCUUUGAGGAUACCGCCUUUUUUCAGCGUCUGCUUCCUGGACAGACCGUCACACUCCGUGUGGAGGGCAUACAUUCCAAGAAGGGCAAGUGCACGGUGACGCUUCUUGGAACGGAAAGCCCUGCCCCUGGACAGCGGCCGCCUCCCUGCGCUCACUUCCAUGAGGGGUGCAGUGGCUGCCAGUUCCUGCAUCUCAAUCCACCGUACCAGUGGAAGGCGAAGCAGCAGCUUGUAGCCCACCUGCUGCACGAGCUGCUUACUGCGCAAAGGCAACAGGCCCAAGUGGAUGGCAUCCCGUGUAGAGAGCCGGAUGUUGAGCCACUCGUCCGCGCACGCAGCGACACGCAAUUUUCUGCGAAGGCGGACUUGCUGGUACAGCACAUGCACGGGAAGGCAUGCAUAGGCCUGCCACCGCUUGACGGGAGCAGCACGCUUGUCAGCAUCGAGCGGUGCCUUCGACUCGCUGCGCCCCUGCAAGAGGUGUACAACCACCUGCGGGCAACCCUGCUGCCGUUGUUGGAGAGUGGAAAGCUGCGAGUCCUCGACUCAAGAAGCUACGCGGGAACGCUCAGUGGCGUGACGCUCAAACUGGCGGAGGGAGCCGGAGCAUCCGACAGAGAAGUGCUGCUGCGGUUCAAGGGACACUUGGAGGACAGCACUCGGCCGGUUUUGGAGGAGCUCGCUGUGGCACUCUCGUCGCUGUAUCCUGCCUUAAAGGCCGUUACCUUCCAAGAUGUUCGCAGGCCUCACCUUCCGGACCAAGUGCUCUACGGAAAGGACUUCGUGCUGAUGACUCUUGAGGGGUGCCGCUACAGAACUACAGGACGGACUCGCGAAAGCUUUGCAGGGCGAUGGGAUUUAAUGCACGAGGUGUCGGCAGCGGUGGCAGAAGCAGCAAGAGGUGGUAGAAGGCGCCUAUGGACGGCAUUCGAAUCUGGUGGCAUCUUCGCUGUCCUGCUCGCUCCUCGCUUCGAGAAGGUGAUCGCGUUUGCCGCAGGCGCCCUUGAUGCUGAAGAGGCGAGAAAAAACUACGUGCUGAACGGCUUGCAGGUGUCGGACGUGGUGGAGUGUAAAGACAGCAGGUGGGGAGCUCACAUCAAAAGCAAUGAACGCGGCAUUGCUGCGAACACAAAAGCGCAGGGCAGUCGACGUGUUCUGGGGAGGCUGUGUGGCUUUCAUGUGGUGGCGGCGUACAGGAGUGUUGCAGCCGCUUUUGCCGAGCACUUGGGCAUUCAAGGACACUGUGAAAUGCCGAGAGGAGAAGCGCAGAGGGAGCAAGCAAGCGGUGUAGGGACACCAGCUGAGCUGCAUUGCGCAGACGAAGAGGCUACGGGCAUCCAAGGCUCAGAUCGGACGGUCUUUGGUGAUGCUACUGAGAAAUGGAGGCAGCGACAACCAGAGGCAGCGGCUGCAGCAGGCCGAGAUUCUGCUGCCUGCCCCUCGACCGUCAGGAAGACUGCCGAUGCUGCGGCUGAGGCUACUGCACGCCCUGAUAUUCUUCUAUUAGCGCCGUCCAGGGGAGGCUUGCCCAAGGAGACGCGACGCUGGCUCAAGGAGGGAGCAGUUGCUUACCUUGUGUAUGUCUCGCAUGAGCAACCAGCCUUUGCAAGGGAUGCAAAGGUUCUUCUCGCCUGUGGAUACGAGUUGGAGUACUUCCGCGCGUUUGACGUCUCUCCCCACAGAACGGAGGUCUUGAGUGUUUCUUCAUUUAGUAGGAAGAAAGCGGAUGCCGCAGCUCUGUGGCAACCUUUUGCCACGCCCUCCCCACGCGGCUAUAUUUCUGUUACGCGAGUCUCUUUAGCGUCCCAGGGUCCUUCCGGCCUAUCAGGGAAACUUUUUGAUCUACUAGAUGGUAGGCAGUUCCCCGAGCUGGACAGAACAUUGGAAGAUUCGGUAGCAACAGCGCGGAAUAUGUAUAUGGCACUAAGACUAAGAAGGAAAAGUUACGUAGUAGGGGCUGUAGAGUGCUCUACGGGAUAUUUCGCGGCUGUCUCAUGA